CCCAGCCCCGCGCACCAUGGCCCCCGCAGCCCCCCGCCUCGUCCUCGGCCUCCUGGUGCUGAGUUUGUACUGUGAAGCUUGCAAGAAAGUAAUUUUUCAUGUUCCUUCUGAACUAGAGGCUGACAAGUUAGUUGGCAGAGUUGAUUUGAAAGAAUGCCUUCCAUCUGCAGAGUUUAUCAGUUCCAGUGAUGGGAACUUCAAGGUUCUAGAGGAUGGUUCUGUGUAUACGACAUCUGCUCUUUCUCUGUCUGCCGAGAAAAAGACUUUUACCAUAUUACUUAAGGACAUUCAAGAACAAGUGCAAAAGAAAAUACACGUUAGCUUAGUAGAAGAAGCACAAAAGACGCCGAAGACCAGGCAUGCUAGAGAUACAGUUCUCAAGAGAACCAAAAGAAGAUGGGGCCCUAUUCCGUCGGUCAUGAUAGAGAACUCACUGGGACCUUUCCCACUGCAAAUACAGCAGGUCCAGUCAGACACAGCUCAGAACUACACAAUUUAUUAUUCUGCAAGUGGACCAGGAAUUGAUCAAGAUCCAAAGGGAUUGUUUUACAUAGAAAGGGAAACUGGAAAUAUCUUUGCUACUCGUGCGGUGGACCGUGAACAGUAUCCAAGUUUUCAGAUAAUUUGCUUUGCAACGACUCCAGAUGGUUAUUCACCAGAAGUACCGCUUGUGCAUACAAUCAGGAUAGAAGAUGACAAUGACAAUGCUCCAUAUUUUACACAAGACCUUUUUGAAUUUUGUGUCCCUGAAAAUUCCAGACCUGGUGUUGUUGUUGGAAAAGUGAUUGCAGAGGACAGAGAUGAGCCUUACACUCUACACACCACGUUGAAAUACCGCAUUGUGUCACAAACCCCACCAAUUACCCCAGCAUUUUCUCUACAUGGUGAUACUGGUGUCAUCUCUGUAUUACUGCCACAGCUGGACAGAGAGCUUGUACCCAGUUACACUUUGUUAGUUGAAGUGAGAGAUAUGGCUGGUCAGCCUUUUGGUUUGUGCACUACAGGAACAGUUGUCAUCAAAAUCGAGGAUACGAAUGACAAUGCACCAUCCUUUAAACAGCUGCAAUAUGAAACACGAGUGGAGGAAAACAGAGUGAGUGUAGAAAUACUGAGAGUCUCUGUUGUUGAUCUUGAUGAACCUGGUUCACCUGGCUCUGGAGCAGUAUAUGAAAUUAUAAGAGGAAAUGAUGAUCAGGCCUUUGAAAUUACGACAGACAAAAAUACAAACGAAGGAAUACUGUGUGUUGUUAAGGGGCUGGACUAUGAAGCUGCCAAGCAAAGGAUCCUGGUGAUUGGAGUCAACAACGAGGCACCCUACCUGCUGGCUCCCCAUUCCCAACAGCUUUCCCAGAGCACCUGCUCUGUUACUGUGCAUGUCCUGGAUGUGGAUGAAGGGCCAGUGUUUAAACCCUGUCUGUUGCGCUUGGACGUUAAAGAAUGCGAAGAUGUUGGGACAGCUAUUGGGAAAUUUGUAGCAGAAGAUCCAGAAACUGGAAAUAGUGAGGGCAUAAGAUACCGGAUACCACCUGGCCAGUGUAAUUGGAUCAACAUAGAUGACAAAUCAGGUGAAGUCAGAACUGUUAGGGUCUUGGACCGAGACAUAGGAGAAAUGAGACGAGGUCAAUGCAAUGUCACAGUCCUCGCAAUAGACAGAAAUGGCAAAACAGGCACUGGAACAAUUCAGGUUUGCAUCAUACCUGGCAACAAGAAUUUCCCACGAAUCAUGCAAACAGACUAUAUCAUGUGCAGAGACAGGAAACCAAUUUGCCUCACGGCAGAGGAUAGCGAUGAGGCUCCUUACAGCGCACCCUUUGUGUAUCGCAUAACUGACCCAAGGCUGGCUUCCAUGUGGAAGUUAACUCCACACGACGAUAAUUCUUGGUAUCUUUCACCAAAGAGUGAUAUUCCGUAUGGAAUAUAUGAAAUUCCUGUAAGUGUGAUUGAUAAUGGAGGAAAGAUAGGAGAGAACACCGUAAGAGUUAAUCUCUGUGAUUGUGUUACUCCAACUGAAUGCGACGGCAGAACUCGUCAGCUUUCUGGUGGAAAUGUUACCCUUGGUCUCUGGGCCAUCCUUGCAAUGAUCUUGGGAUCAUUAUUGUUGCUGCUAAUCCUGAUCACAAUUUGUGGCUGCUGUGGCGCUGGGGUAAUGCACAGGCAGGUGACUGAUGAUUGUGCCAAUCAUAAUUUAAUAAUUUCAAACACAGAAGCUCCAGGAGAGGAAGUGAUGGAUCACAAUAUAAUUCCUCUACAAAAUACGUGUGGUCAAGGAGGGUAUGGAGUAAAAACAGGAGAGCAGCAAACAUUUGAAAUGGUAAAAGGAAGAGGGCAUACCUUGGAAUCAGUCAAGGGAGGUGGACAUCAGACUCUGGGAUCAGUUAAAGAAGGAGGAGGACAGCCUAUGAUGGAUACUUGUAGAUACUCCUACUCAGAGUGGCAUAAUUUCACACAUCCUCGUUUAGGCGAAAAGGUGCACCUAUGCAGACAGGAUGAAGAACAGAAGCAUUCUGAAGAUUAUCUCCUUUCAUAUAACUAUGAAGGAAAAGGAUCCUUGGCUGGCUCUGUAGGCUGCUGCAGUGAUCAGCAUGAAGAAGAGGCACUCGACUUCUUAGAUCAGUUGGAACCCAAGUUUAGGACAUUAGCAGAAACAUGCAUCAAAAGAUAAAUGUGCCUUUUGCAGUCCUGAAAAAAAACUGUAAAUAAGUGGCUAUCAUACUUUUGUGAUAUUAGGUACUUUGGAAUUGAGGGGGGUAGAGGUUUAUCAAAAGCAAGAUAGACUGGUGAGAGUGUAAAUAACUCUUGCUUUAAAUUUGCAUUUUCUUACACUGGACACAUUCUAUCAGAAAAAAGGGAUUCAAAAUAUUUUUUCUUUAGGUUAAUAUAGUAAUGCUAGUUUCUAUUUAGUUUAGAUUUUGCA